AUCUCUCUCCAAUAGAAUUGAAUUCAAUGGAUCAAAUAGAGCACAAGUACGUAGACGUCAAUGGAAUGAAGCUUCACGUGGCCGAGAUCGGAACUGGCUCAUCGGUGGUGGUUUUCUUGCACGGGUUUCCAGAGAUUUGGUACAGUUGGCGGCACCAGAUGAUUGCCGUAGCCAAUGCUGGGUUCAGAGUGCUCGCACCCGAUUCCAGAGGUUACGGACUGUCCGAUCCACCGCCCGAACCAGAGAAGUCCUCCUUCUCUGACCUUAACACCGACCUGCUUGCCAUUAUUGAUGCACUAAGCAUUCCCAAGGUUUUUCUCAUUGGUAAAGAUUUUGGGGCGUGGCCAGCUUAUCAAUUUGCCAUUCUCCACCCAAAGAAGGUCUUAGGAGUUGUGACAUUAGGUGUGCCAUGCAUGCCCCCAGGUCCACCUACAUUCUUUAAUGAUGAAGGCUUCUACGUUUCCAGAUUUAUGGAACCUGGACGGGCUGAAGCAGAUUUUGGUCGGCUUGAUGCUAAAACAGUUGUGCGGAACAUUUACAUCCUCUUCUCUAAAAGUGAAAUACCAACAGCCCACGAAAACCAAGAGAUCAUGGAUUUGGUGGAACCAUCAACUCCUCUGCCCCCUUGGUUCACAGAGGAAGAUCUUGCAGUCUAUGGAGCUUUGUAUGAGAAAUCUGGAUUCCGAACUGCAUUGCAAAUUCCAUAUAGGUCAUUAAAUGAAGGGUCUGAAGUAGCAGAUCCGAAAGUUGAAGCCCCAGCCCUGCUGAUUAUGGGUGAGAAAGAUUAUGUCCUCAAAUUUCCAGGAAUGGAUGAGUACAUAAGGAGUGGACAGGUGAAAGUUUAUGUUCCGAAAUUGGAGAUAACAUACUUGCCUGAAGGAACCCAUUUUGUUCAGGAACAAUUCCCUGACCAAGUGAAUCACCUCAUCCUCACCUUCCUCAGUAACCAUAGCUGAUUAGGAACUCUCAACAAAGAUUUUUCAUUGUUGAAGAUUGUUGAAAAGAUGCAUGGCUGGCAUUGUGAAAAACUUGGAAAACAUUAAAAACUUGUAUUUAUAUUAUGUGACUAAAUAAGUAUUGUAUUGUGCCACUAUCAAUGAGACUAGUUUU